CUCCAAUGUCCAAAGUACCAUAUAAAGAUAGAGCUGUCAUUUCUUUUCGCUGGUGUUCUGUCUGACCGUGUUGUAGAUUUAAAGCAUGAAGGAAAAGAUGGACAUGGAGAAAAGUGAGAGGAAGGGGAGAGUGACGCUGAUCCUGGCUGCAGCUUCUCUGAUCACCGGAUUUGGUUCGUCUUUUCAAUAUGGAUACAAUGUGGCUGUGAUCAACUCACCUGCCCAGGAAAUGAAGCUGUUCUACACCCGAAUAUAUGAGGAUCGUUACGGUCCAAUGACAGACAAUCUCCUGACCCUCCUGUGGUCCGUAACUGUGUCCAUGUACCCACUGGGAGGGUUUUUUGGAUCUCUCAUGGUAGCCCCAUUGGUGAACAAAUUCGGGAGAAAAGGCACACUCCUGUUCAACAACAUCUUCUCUAUUGUUCCUGCUAUAAUGAUGGGUGUGAGUGAGAUGGCAGGGUCAUUUGAAAUCAUCAUUGCUGCACGCUUUAUAGUGGGCAUCUGUGCAGGCCUGUCCUCCAAUGUGGUGCCCAUGUAUUUAGGAGAAAUCGCACCCAAGAAUUACAGGGGGGCCAUCGGAAUAGUGCCGCAGCUUUUCAUCACCGUUGGCAUCCUUGUUGCCCAAGUGUUCGGUAUUCGUAAUAUCCUGGGAAAUAAGGAAGGCUGGCCCAUCAUGUUGAGUUUCACAGGGAUUCCAGCCGCCAUUGAGCUGCUGCUUCUGCCUUACUUCCCUGAGAGCCCACGCUACAUGCUCAUACAGAAGGGGGAUGAAAAAACUGCCAGGAAAGGACUGCAGCGGCUGCGUGGCUGGGAGGAUGUAGAUGAGGAGCUGUGCGAGAUGCGUGUGGAGGAACAGUCAGAGCGAGCAGAAGGUCGACUCUCUGUGCUUAACCUCUUCACCUUCCGCUCGCUGCGCUGGCAGCUGCUGUCUGUAAUCUUCAUGAACAUGGGCCAACAACUGUCAGGAGUCAAUGCCAUUUAUUAUUAUGCUGACAGCAUCUAUAGCUCAGCAGGAGUGGCUGACGAUCACGUUCAGUAUGUGACGGCGGGAACAGGAGCAGUUAAUGUCUUUAUGACAAUAGCAGCCGUGUUCAUAGUGGAGAAAUCUGGUAGAAGGUUGUUGCUACUGAUCGGCUUUGGUGUCUGCUGUGGAGCCUGUGUUCUCCUGACCAUAGCACUCUACUUCCAGACUACACUGGACUGGAUGCCCUAUGUCAGCAUCGUCUGUGUCAUUAUUUAUGUCAUCGGACAUGCUAUCGGCCCAAGUCCUAUUCCUAAUGUAAUCACCACAGAGAUGUUCCGGCAGUCUUCUAGACCACCAGCAUUUAUGGUGGCUGGCACAGUUCACUGGCUCUCAAACUUCACAGUCGGCCUGGUCUUCCCCUUUCUAGAGACAGGCCUGGGUGCUUUCAGUUUCAUCAUUUUUGCCUGCAUCUGUCUUGCCACACUUAUCUACAUCUGGGUGGUCAUGCCAGAGACCAAAAACAAGACCUUUCUGGAGACCAGCAAGCUUUUUGCUCAUAGAAACAAGGUGGAUAUUGUGGCAGAGGCUGGGGACUCUGUGAUCAAAGAGACCAGCGUGGAAAGAGGCAAAGAGGAAAUUAAAAACACAUUACUCUGAAUGGAUAAGGGGUCGUUUACACAGGACAUGUUCUUGUGUAUGUCUACAAUGCUUCGAACUGUUUUAAUGCAGUUUAUUUUUCAGUGUAUGCCAGGGUUUUGAGAGCAAGACCAGGUCAUGUAUUUUAACAUCAAAAUAUUGUGCCAUCUCAUUGUCAUCUGUAUUUAGGGUAUUCACAUAUAAGAUUAUUCAAGAAAAGAAAAACAUGUUUUAAAAAUCAGGUUUAAAAUGCAUGUCCCAAGUUCUUGCAUUCAUAGUAUUUUCAUAUGAUUUUUGAAAACUUUUAUACAAAGUUCAACAAAAGAUUUAAUUUAAUGACAACUGAUGUAAUCAUCACGUGUUAAGUAAUAUAUUUUAUAUAUAUAUUUUUAUGAUAUGAAGUAUUGUGUACAAAUUUUAUUUAGCAUGAAUAAUUCUUUAUAAUAACUGUCAUUGCAUAUUUUAUAAUAAUGCCAUGUCAUAAAGGUCAAAUGAUCUUUUAAGAGACUUUUUGACCUCAAGGGUCUGCAGGUGUCCUUUAUUGAAUAUAAUUUUUUGUUUAAUGUUUUUUGCAUUUUUCUAUAUGUUUGUUGCAUCAUAUGACUUUGAUUUGGACAAAAAAAUUUCAGAUAUUUAUCUUUUUUAAUGAAGGUGCCUCACAGCUAAAUUCCUUUUCUAAGAAGUAAUAAUUAAAGAUUUUAUUAUUUAAAAAUGUU